GUGAGGGGGAGUUUCUGCUGCUGAACUUUGAGGGCAGAUUUCUAGGGCCUGCUGGGAACAGGACUUCUAAAAAAACAAGUAUGUCUGGAAGGCUGUGGUGCAAGGCCAUUUUUGCUGGCUACAAGCGAGGCCUCCGGAACCAAAGAGAGCACACGGCUCUUCUUAAAAUUGAAGGUGUUUAUGCCCGAGAUGAAACUGAGUUCUACUUAGGCAAGAGGUGUGCUUAUGUGUACAAAGCAAAAAACAAUACAGUGACUCCUGGAGGCAAACCAAACAAAACCAGAGUGAUCUGGGGAAAAGUAACUCGGGCCCAUGGAAACAGUGGCAUGGUUCGUGCCAAAUUCCGAAGCAACCUUCCUGCAAAGGCCAUUGGACACAGAAUCCGUGUGAUGCUGUACCCAUCCCGGAUUUCAACUAAUGGAGAGUAAAUAAAUAAAAGUAGAUUUGUAAAAAAAAAGAAGAAGAAGAAGAAGAAGAAGAAGAAGAAGAAGAAGAAGAAGAAGAAGCAGCAG